UAGCAGACUGCCCUGUCAAAGCCGUGCGAAACCUGUCUAAUGGUGCAAGUUAUUUCUGCUGGCUACCCUAGUAUGAUAACGUUCUGCACCCGACUAGAGCAUGUCCCAACGGCACAAAGGACCAGAUAAAACCAUUCUGCUGGGCAAUGUACAGGUACCGAUGCAAGGAUCUCCAGGCAGGGUACGGAAUCCAGUUUCAAGGCGAAAUGCAUUUCGUAAAGUGGCUGCAGGCGCCCCCAACCAGUGCGCGGAAAACUUCACGCUGCUGAACAAUUGAACGGAUGUCUAUUUGACAUUUGUCGGUCAAUAUAAAAAGUACUUGCCAAAAAAAUAAACCUUUUUUAAU